AUGGCGACGACUCGAAUGGUGAGGGUUUCGCAGGAUGGCUCCGGCGAUUACUGCUCCGUUCAAGAUGCGAUUGACUCGGUGCCUCUUGGAAACACUUGCCGGACUGUGAUCCGUCUCUCACCUGGGAUUUACCGGCAGCCGGUUUACGUUCCCAAGAGGAAAAACUUCAUCACUUUCGCCGGAAUCUCCCCGGAAAUCACCGUUCUUUCUUGGAACAACACGGCUUCGAAGAUUGAUCAUCACCAGGCGUCUAGAGUCAUAGGAACGGGCACGUUUGGUUGCGGUACUGUUAUCGUCGAAGGAGAAGAUUUUAUCGCAGAAAACAUUACUUUUGAGAACUCUGCUCCUGAGGGAUCAGGACAAGCUGUGGCGAUAAGAGUAACUGCAGACCGUUGUGCCUUUUAUAACUGUCGGUUUCUCGGCUGGCAGGAUACAUUGUAUUUACAUCAUGGGAAACAAUAUCUCAAAGACUGUUACGUGGAGGGAAGCGUGGAUUUCAUAUUUGGAAACAGCACGGCGCUCUUGGAACACUGCCAUAUCAACUGCAAAUCUCAAGGUUUUAUAACAGCACAAAGCCGAAAAUCGUCUCAGGAAUGUACUGGCUACGUGUUCUUAAGAUGUGUGAUCACAGGCAAUGGUCAGAGUGGGUAUAUGUAUCUGGGAAGGCCAUGGGGACCAUUUGGGAGAGUGGUCCUCGCAUACACUUACAUGGAUGCGUGUAUCAGAAAUGUGGGUUGGCAUAACUGGGGAAACGCAGAGAAUGAGAGAAGUGCUUGCUUUUAUGAGUACAGGUGUUUUGGACCGGGAAGCUGUUCGUCUGGACGGGUAACGUGGUCGCGAGAACUGAUGGAUGAAGAAGCUGGACAGUUUCUGCAUCAUAGUUUUGUGGAUCCAGAUCAGGACAGGCCUUGGUUGUGUCUGAGAAUGGGAGUGAAAACACCAUAUUCGGCCUAG